AUGUAAAGAAAAUAGUAAUAUGAAAAGGAUUUCGAUUCCUAUAAACAUAAUAUAAAACUAUCUGAAGAGUAAAUGCUGAAGUCUCUUGAAGCAGCCACAAAACAUAAAGAAGCUUGUCUCAAUAAUUCAACUAAUUUUGAAUUAUUUGCCACAUGUAAGAAAGAAUCUAAUUUUCUUAGGCAUGGAAAAAUAUGAAGGCAAAGUCGACAAUAUAGCUAAUUUCUUGUCAACACGCCUGCUCUUUAUUGAAAGACAAGCCUUGGAAUGCUACAAAUCACAAUCAGAUGAAAGAGAAUAUGAGCAAUGUCACCAAAAGGUCGAACAAGACCUGCAUAAUUGCUACAAUGAGUACUAUUAAGGACUACUUAAUCUUUGAUUUAGUGUAAAUUAUAAUCUAUGUACC